AACUGGGUUUGGCUUGUUUUUGUCGUUCGUCUUGUUUUCAGUGCUGGAGCUGUUAACGAGUAAUCUGCGCUGCGGCACUGUUGGAAUAAAAUGUGACCAGGACAUGAUUGAAGUGGACCACCAAGACUGACACUGCCUGUUCAUCAAUACAUAUUCCCAUAAUGGGCUUGAUACUAUCGCGCUUUCGGCGCAAGGCGUCGACCAUCGAGGUCCUUCAGAAGAUCGAGGACGACAUGGGCUCCAUCGCCGAGAACGAGGCGGCCGUGCGGCGCCGGCAACGCCGCCUGGCGGCCGUGGUCGUAGCCUACUCGGCCCUGCUGUACGUGCUGGCCGGGCUGCUGUUCUACUACCGCUACUUCCCCGACGACGUGCUGACGCGCCUACUGUGCGCCGGCGCGCUGCUGCUCUUCCCGGCCCUGGUUUACUCUCUUAAGAGAUUGAUGACAUGGUACUACGAAAGAAAGAUACGUCAAAAUGAAACCAGAUUGGCUGCAUUGAAGAAAAAGAAAGAACAGAUCUUGGAGGAGGUCCAAGACAAGGAGACGUACAAGGUCGCCAAGGAGAUCCUGGAGAAGUUUGCUCCUGAGCAGCUGCGCCGAUCACCGCUGCGCCCGGCCAGCACGCCUCUUGUGCCGCGGGGCGGUGACGCAGGAGGCGCCCGGCAGCGGCAGCUGGCUACAUUGACGGCCCCCCGGGGCCCGCUCACCUCAACCCCGUUGGGCGCGGCCGGCCGCGGUGCGCCCCAACCCGGCAUCGGCGCCGGCCGGUACUCGGGCCCGAUGGCGCCGUCUCCGCUCGUGCCGGCCGGCCGCGGCCUGCCGCCCGUCGGGCCGCGCGCUGGGCCGCCGCUGCCGCGGCCGGUGUUGCCCCGCGAGCGCGGCUACAUGGACCGCAUGAUCGACUAUCUGGUGGGCGACGGCCCGGCCAACCGGUACGCGCUCAUCUGCCACCAGUGCCAGAGCCACAACGGCAUGGCGCUUAAGGAGGAGUUCGAGUACCUGGCGUUCCGCUGCAGCUACUGCUUCGCCUGGAACCCGGCGCGCAAGCAGCGUCCGUCGGCGCCGCGUCUGCCGGCGGCGCCCACCUCCGGCGAAAGCAUGGUCGAGUCGGACACCACAGAGACGAGUGAGAGCGAGACAGAGCCGGACGUGCCGAGCCGGCCGCGGUCGGCGUCCGGGCCGGAGCCGGCCGGCCCCGCAGCCGACCCUGCCGCGACCGAUGCGGCCCAGCCCAGCGCUGGGGUUUCCGAGCCGACCAGCAUCGCUUCAGCCCAGCCUAGCGCUGGACCCACCGAGCCGACCAGCACCGCUACAGCCCAGCCCAGCGCCGGCCCCGCCGAGCCGACCAGCACUGCUACAGCCCAGCCCAGCGUCGGGCCCGCCGAGCCGACCAGCACUGCUACAGCCCAGCCCAGCGCCGGGCCCGCCGAGCCGGCGAGCGCGGACAGUGACCGGCUGGGGUCGAGUUCGGCGGGGGGCGAGGCCGACCCGAGGCCGCCGUCUGACGAAGAGCUGGCACCAGAGGCGCGGGCAGACCCACCGCCGCCCGGCGAGGAGCAGAGCGGUCUGCCGUCUAGUCCAGCGGCAGACGAUCAAACGCAAGAGCGGCGGACUCCUCCGGCGGCCUCCGUCGACACACCGCCGCUGUCACUGGCGGGCGCCGAGCACGUGCCGUUCGCCGACGAUAGCGGCGCCGAGACGUGAUGCCGCCGGCCGACCGGGCCGGCCGGCUGCCCACUCAGGCGGGGUCGGGGGCGCGCCGCGGCGCCAGGCCUCAGGUGUAACGUCGGAGCCGUCUUGCCAGCGUGUUGUGCCUUAGUGGCGGCGGAGCGCGGCGCGAGUCCGCACCGUGAGAGCGGCGCUGGACGGCAUCGUCGCGUCGCGAUGGCUGUGUAGAAGCCAUGACGGGUCGGAGAAGCUCCGGUUCGUCCUGUGCGUCGGACGGCUCGCCGCGCCGUAGCUCCCCUUUGAUGUGCGAGCCCAGGUCAAGGCGUGUCGUGCCCCGCCCCCUCUGCG